AUGUCCUGGCUAAGUAGUAAUUUUACAGAUAGCCUAUCAAGUAUUUCGAAUUUCACUGGACAGAUUUCUUCCUUCACUCGUGAAAUGUUAACAGAAGGAACAGAGGAGGUCUCAGGUAAGCCGACCCUCAAAUUUUCGGGGUUUUUCAUUUCAAUUUCGUGUGAUCUUCUUGCAACCUUUCCCUUUUUAUUGGCCCAUCAGUAACACUGAAUUGCAGCGAAGUAUUUUGCGAAGUCUUCGUUUUCAGUUUUUUCUCAAAAGGACUCGGAUAACUGUUUACAUAUUUACAUGCACACUUACAUCUACUUCCUACUGAUAUAUUUUAGCAUUAAGCUAUGAAAACGUUUCUUCUUGUUCACAGACCCUUCAGCAGAGCUUCAAGUUGCACAGGGUCGAAUAAAUGAGCUCGAAUCACAUAUUGUUACUCAAAAGGCUGAGGUAAGUAUCUUUGUGUCAUGUAAAUCAUUUCUCUUUCGAUUUUGAAUGGGUGUUGAAGUAAACACUUAAACCUGAUAAGUUAUCACGAUGCAUGACCAAUUUUUUCAAUAGCACUUAGAUAAUUUUGCCUUUAUAGACAACAUAAUUAAAGUAUUGUGGGUUAAAAAUAGAGUAUAGUAAAAGAAGGGUACAGUAUGAAAUUGAGAUAUUUGUUUAUUUCUCAAAGAUUACCUUUCAGAUAUGUCAGUUUAAUUUGUAUUGUAACAUAUAUCACAGUAGUUCGUGUUUUGUUAUUAUUUUUUCUUUUUGUGAUUGUCGUUGGGUCAAUUAGAUUUUGCUGUUUUAUCAACCAUAGUAUGUCUGAGAUGACACUAAAUUAUUGAUUGGUUUAUUCAAUGAAAUGCAGAAUAACAGUAAGCUUUUCUGCAGACUUCCCAGGCCUGAAAACAUGUAGGAAAACACUUAGAUUUUGGCAACCCUAUUACCUUUAACAAGCUAAAAUCAGUAUCCAUAUUCUCUAAACUAUUUUCUAUAUGUAUCCUUUGGUACUGACAAGGAGAGUUUGUUUAUCCAUCAAAGCUUCAUAGGUUGGUGAUAAUCUCCUUAAUUCUCAUGAUCUUAGUGAAUAACUCAGCAGUAUUACUAUGAGCAGAAUUAGGUGCUGGUUACUCUUAUUCUUUAAAGGGUUAACAGGUUGUUGUUUCAUGUUUAUUAGUAUGAAAGACUGAGGCAAAGUAAUGAUGAACUUCAUGUGAGACUUGAAGCAGCAGAGCUUCAGACGAGCAGCAUAUCGAGGGAUUACAGGGCACAAUUGCACAGUAAAGAGGUAAUCAGGGUUUAGGUUAUAUGGUUUUAACUAUCAACCUGUUUUGACGCAGAUGGUGUUUUGAACAAGAAAAAAUUUGGAAACUGAAACUGAAUUUGCAUACUAAGAAACAUUUGGUAAGCUUUUAGCUUUUAAAAAGUUGAAUUCAAGUCUGAGACUGAGAUAAAGUAAAUUUGAUUGGUUUUAAUAUUUCCCAUCUGUUUGGCACUAUGCACUGGGAAACUUUUUACAAUAACUCUGAAUCUAGAAAGUGGCGUACAAAUGUCCUAUGCACCCAGAGAGAGGAGAGACAGUUAUAAUCAGUAUGCAUUUGAAAUAUUUUUUUGUGUAACAGGGAAGUAAUUGCACAAUCUUUGUUUCACCUCUUACAUGCCUUUCUUAGUUCUUUUUGUUCUGAUUGAACAGGAAGAAUUAAUAAAAUUGAGAGAACUCAGAAGAUUUCAUGAGGAAAAUGGCCAUAAUCUUGGAGGUAGAGAGAGGCAUGACUCUACUGACAGUAUUGAAGAUUCCAUGGAGACAAAAAGAUUACAUAGUGAGAUCUCAAAACUGCAAGCUGAAUGCCAACACUGGAAAUCCAUAGCAAAUGGAGUGGUAAGUGGGAAGAGGAAAGAAAAACAGAGGCUUCAUGACAUCAAUGUUUACCUGCCAUGAUCUGAUCAAAAAUUCUCCAUUCCCACUGCCACACUACAUUUCCUUGUUUAUGAGACAGGAGAAUUUGAUGGUAUAUCAAAUUAUUAUCCUCAAGCAAGAAUGUCAUAUUGAAACUUCACAUCUGGAAUUGAAGUCAACCUCUUAACCCUUCUGCUUCUAGAAGUGAUUAACAUGUAACUUCUCCUUGCAAUUCCAAUAAGUUAUGUUGUGAAAAGGUAAUGAAAACAGAUUAGUUCAAUAGGCAGGAAGGUCAUAUUUUGGAAUGAGUCCAAAUUCUCCUGUGUUAUUUGCAAGGGAAAGUAUGACAGUAAGUAUGGAGAAUUGCCAAUUGGAUUGAGGGAGUUACAGGUUAACUAAACAGUGCAUGAUCUUAGUGACGUAAUAUAUAGUUGUAUGAUUUUUUAUGAUUUUUUUAAUGAUUUGAUGAUGUAUGCAAAGUAAUUUUUUAUGUUCCCAUUUUUCUUCCAUUUUGAAUACAUUCUUGUUUGUACAUUUCAUGUAACAGGAGAAUCAGGAUAGACUGCACAAAGAAAUAGAUCAGUAUCAACACGAAUUGACAGCAUUGCAGAGUAGCUACUCACAAAAGAUUGCCAAUCUGAACAAAAAGCAUAAACAAGAAUUACAAAACUGGCAGGAUGAGAAAGAAGAAUUUUUACGAAGGAUUGAAGAGUUGGAAGAGAGCCCUCUUAAGUACAGUGGUAUGUUUGUUUUGAAUGUUUAGGGUCCACUUGUGAUCCAGAGUCUGUCAUAGCUUUCAUUGAUACAUCUUGGUCAGUGAAGGUGUGAGGUUCAUGCUGUUUGUUCAGGAUUGAUUUUCUGAAAUUUAAAAGAAUUGAAAUAAGGUUAUUCACCAAUCUGGUGAUCUUCAAAACUGAUCAUGCAUUAUGCUUUUAUGGUGCUUUCAAUGCAAACAUUCAACAAGUAUUCUUAUAAUGCACUGUUUAAUUUCCUUUUUCUUUCAGAAACUGAGAGUUUUGAUCAUUUGGAGAAGGAUUUUGAUCAAACAAAUGACAACACAGAUGUAGUGUUGUCUCUAAAGAAACAGUUAGCCACUGCAGAGGAGUUCAUUGCUGAACUUGAAAACCAGAUUAAAACUCAAGAGCAGCAGAUAAAUGCUUUGAAUAUCCAAGUCCAAGACAAAGAACAAGCUAUUUUGACAAUGCAAAAGGAUUUCACUGACUUGCAAACUAAACUGCAAGAUGCAGGUUCAGUGCAUGAUCAAGCUUUGUCUGACUAUGAAAGUAAAUUAAAUCUGAACAUGAGUAAUGUGGAAAAACUCCAAAAACAGCUGGAAGAUCAAAGGAACGAAAUGCUGGGUUUGAGAUCUGACUCUGAAGGCCUUUGUAAAUUACGAGAGGAGCUCAACUUUGUUGCGGCAGAAAAUGCAGAAUUAAAGAAACAACUAAGCCAUAGCUAUGCGGAGGAGAGGAGACUUCAUCGCUCUGUGGAGGAGGUGAAGUCUGAGCUAGAACAACUCAGUUCUUCAACCAUGGAUUUAAUUGAAGAACUUCAGUUAUCUCAGGGUGUUCAACAAGAACAGAGCAUUGAACUGGAUAAUUUGAAGAAGGUGAAAUACAUCAAAGGAGAUGCCAAGAAAGAGAUGGGGAAAUUAAGGAAUGCUCUGGCUGGUAGGUGAUAAAAUUCUAUAAAUGCAAUUCACCAAUAAAUCUGUUACAGCAGUGUGCUGUCUUAGAUUUACAUAUACAAUGAGUUGGUUUGUAAGGAUUCACACACUUUGCUCAUGAAUAAGUUGUAUAAAUGUGAGGAAAGAUUAGUGUUUGUACUGUGUGUAUGAUAAUAAUUACACACACGUGUAAAAUACAUGUAGAGCUAAGUGAUAUCCAUUUUUUACCUCUGCAGCUCUGUGGGAGCGCCAUCUGUGCCUGGUGCAGCUUUACCAGCAGGUCAGACAUGAGUUGAACAACAGUAACACGAGGCUAUUGGCCGUGUUCCAGGCUCAACAUGUAAUGCACCUCUCUUAACAGGGUGCUGUGCAGGGGAGAGGGGUGGGGAGCUUUGCUACCUGACUCUAAUGUCACUUUUCUUACUCGUUAAAUUCUAAAUAUUUAACUGGAAUUUAUGCCAGUUAACAAGCUUAGAAAAACCAAAUAUGAGUGAGCAUUUUAGACCUUUCAUGUAACUUUGCAACUCUAAGUAAGUACUGACUAACUAGCUAAUAACUUUUUUAAUUGCUGUUUAACAUGAUUAAAAAUGAAAAUGGGCUAGCACAGCUUUAAAAUAUCUUCUGAAAAGUUUUUGUUUCAAAUUAUUUGUUGUUUUGGACUUGGAAAAACAAAUUCCAAGAUUUUCUAGGAAUUUUCUUGUCUGAUUUGUAGCUUUAGGGUUCGAAUAUAAUGGAUAGAUUACUAUGGUAAAAUUCUUAUCAAGCAAAUCAGUCACUGAUACUGCAAACAACAGUACAAGCUUUUUUGCUUUUGUAGUUUCUAGUUAAAAAUUGUUCCCUUUUUAUUUUUCUAAAAUUUGCCGUCUUUUGGUAAUACUUCCGCUCACUUUAGUGAGCUUUUUUUCUUUAAGCUUUUUCUUUGCGUUUGCAUUUUAUCCCCCUCAUCUCAUGCAAAGUGUCCUGGCACUCAUCUUUUCCUGCACAGCCCCCUUAAUGUCAUACGUGUCUUAUGAAGCUUUCAUGUCUAUUAUAAUAGAUUUUUUCUUCCACAUGCUAUAGUUAAAACAUGCAUCAUGGCCAUUUUGUUAACCCUCACGUAAUAGCAAAUUAACCAAUAGUAUUGAUAUCAUAACGCACGAUUUCCUCUCACGUCUUGGUCGUAAGGUAAUCGGUAUGUCUCCAAAUUCUGUUUUUGUUAUAGAUGCUUUCUGGAAUGACCUGAGAGUUAUGGCUAUUAAAACAACAAUACCCAUAGUACAAAUUGCUUUUAACAAAGACAUCAGUUGCUGUUCGUUUUUUAGUUCUUUAUAUAUUCCUUGUUUUAUGUUUUGUGUUUUUUUGGAAAACGAUGACAACAGUUCAUAACUUUGUACAGAAUCAAAGGAAUUUUCUUUCUUAAACGUUUUAUCUGCGCAUUUUAUAUUUUUAAGCUAAUGAUGAUAUGCUUUUCAUAUCAACAGCUCAGCACUAACAGUGUCCGUGAUGACCUGAAAGUCCUUCAACAAAGACUGGAAGAUCGUAACCAGGCUAAACUGGAUCAUAUCGAGAAAGAGAAGGAAGCCAUGAUGAGCAAAUCAACGGAGCUUCGAGUUGCGGUAGAGGAAUUAGAAGGUGGUGUAAUGGACCUGCAAUCAGACAAUGAACAGGUGGCACAAGAAACGAAAUACUGUGUCACUGAGAUAGGAAGGCAACAGGGGAUUGAUGAAGAUGAAAGAAACGACAUUGUGAGAUCACUGAUGGCUGAGAAAGCUGUUUUGGAGAGCGCUAUUGUCGGGCUGCAGCAGAAGCUUCAAGAUCAACGAGAGUGUUUCGAUUCAACGCAGAAUAAGAUUAACGAGGGCGUCGAUGGUGUGGACAGCAGGUCAGGCUCGGCCGAGAGUGUGGCCAGUUACACAGGUAGCACACCACGUGACCCUGAAUUAUCCAUUGAUAUGGGAGAUCUCAGGAGAAUUAGCGACACCUCCUUUGAGCCUGAGAUAAGGCAGGAAACUGAGGUAUUACAGGAAACUGCCGUCCUCUCAGGUAACGAGAUCGCAGUCAGCCAGGAAUUAGCGCUUUCUGAGCUGAAGCAACAGCUCCAAGAUUACCGACAGCAGUUGGAAGAGUUCGAAUUGGCCCAAAAGGAUUGGGAAGGAGAAAAGGAUGCUCUUGAAGGCCUGGUGUUGAGUCUUAGGCGCCAGGUAAAGGAGUUGCAAGUAUUCUUGGGUAACAGCCACGAUGAAGAGGAAAUUUCGCGACUUCGACAAGAAAACGAUCACAUCUCGUCAAAAAACAAGCAUCUUGUGGAGGCGUGGCAGAUGUUAGAGAAGGAGUUUGUCUCUCUUGACAUCAGUAGUUCAUCUGCAGGAAAUGAUUCUGAACUUGAUGAGGAUCGAAUGCAGUUACUACGUGAAGACCUGAAUAAAUGUGUGGAGAAGUUAAGAGAAGAUAACUCUCUUGUACGAGAACAGACAGAGCAACUUAUUCAACAAAUUGACGAAAAAACAUCUAUGCUAAAUGAUUUGCAAAGUAAGCUUGAGGCGAAAAAUGAUGAAGUUAAAAGCAUCUCUGAUGAAAAGAGAGAUUUGAUGAUGAUGAUCAACGAGCGAGACGAGAGAAUUUGUGAAAUUGAAGAAAGCUUUAAUAAUCAUUUGUUAGACUUGACCAGCUCAAAGGAUAAUGAGAUGAGCCUUCUUCAAACAGAGCAAGAAGAUUUGGUUAAACUCUUGGAAGAAACUCGACAAGAAUGCUCCUUACUCCGAGGCAAGAAUAACGAGUUGCUUGAUAUCAUGGGACAGAAUCAACAAAGUCAACUUGAAUCUACCGAGGAGAAAAAAGGUUUAGAGUUGUUAUUAACUGAAAAGGGCAAACAACUCAAGAACGUACAAGAAGAAAGAGAAAAUUUCGAAAGAAUGGUCCAAGAAAAAGAAAAACGAAUUGAGUCGCUGGUUGCUGAGAACAACAGUAUGUUAAUGGAAAAAGAAGUUCUGCAAAGUUUAAUUGAAGAAUACAAAGAGAAGGCAAAAGUUCAGGAAAAACAGACCACAGAGAGAUCUAACCUUGUAAAGGAAAUUGAGCAGCUAAAUCAUAAAAUUCAAAUGACCGAGGCCAGAUGUAGCGACCUGGAUGGAAAACAAAUGGUUCUUUUGCGAGAAAAGGAAAAUCUAGAACUCGAACUUCAACAGAGCGGUGCGAAGGUGGACAAACUUAAUUCUGAACUCAAAGAGACGUCUGCAGAGAUUGAAGUGUUGAAAGAAGAGAAGAGCAAGGUUGUUGUGGCGGCUGAAAGUCAUUUCAAGAGUUUUAAGGAGUUAGAGGAGAAAUUGUUGGUGAGCAUCGCAGAGAAGGAAGAAAUAUCCAAACAACUGGGAUUUAAAGACUUACAGGUCGAUAAGCUGGAACUUGAUCUAAGAGAAAAAGGGGCUGACAUAGAUCUGCUUAAGUUAGACUUGGCAAAGUUGUCCAAAGCACUGAAAGAGAAGGAGCAGGUCAUUCAUACUCAAGUCGUAAAUGCUUCAAACGCUGGAGCGCAAGGCGUUGAUGAUGCAAUGUAUCGACAGGCGCAGCUUUUGAGGCUACUGGAGGAGAAAGAUCAGGAAAUAACAGCUCUGAAACAGAAGGACGCUUCUUUGAUUGAACUUGUGAAUCAAACGGAUCAGAACAAUCAUCAGGUACGAGAGGCAUAUGAAGGCAAGCUACAACAACUCAGGGAGGAGAGGGAUAGGUUGUUAGAUGACUUGAAUCUGCGUAAUGAAGAGCUAUUGACUUUUGAAGACAAACUUGACGCCAUGAGAGAAAAAAUGAAUAGUAAAGAUCAAGCUUCACACUUACUGCACAAUGAGCAUGCGCGACUGCUUGCUUUGAACGAGUCUCAAGCGAAUGAGAUGGGGAAACUGAGAGAGAGGAACUCAGCGCUGCAAAAACUUGUUGAAGAGUACAGCAGGAGUAGAAGUAGUGAGCAGCAACGAUUGCUCGAGGACAACGACCAGCUAAGACGUCAAAUACACGGGCUGCAAGUUGAACACGAAACUUUAACAACUCUUGUUCAAGAGAAAGACAAACAGAUUUCCACUCUAGCGCUGUUGGGGAGGACAGACUCUUCAGAACCAUCCCCACAAGGGAUGGAACCACAGUUGAGGAGACUUCGGGAAGAGAGAGAGGUGUUAUUACGAGAAAGAGACUCAGCAUUAAAAGAAAAAGAGCUGAAAGACUUUGAAAUAUCAAAGCUACAUGAAGAUCAGCUAUCUGCGAGUCAAACAUUUGAAGAGAAAUGUCAUUUAGCGGACAAAUUGCUGGCUGACAAUGAGGAUCUCUCUAGACAGUUGGUCAAUCUACGAUCAGAACUGAGUGAACUCUCCCUGGAAAAAUCAAAUUUAGUAAGGAGUGACAACAGAUUGAAAGAAUUAGAAGAACAGAUAAAUUCGUUUAGGAAUGUUGUAGAGUCCAAGGACAGAGAACUAAAACAAGUUCUAGAGAACAGUCGAAAUGAAAAAAGCUCCAUUUUAGUUGAUCUAGAAAACGUCAAAAGCGAAAGAGACGAUAUUCUUGAACAGAAAUAUCUUGAAACACGCGAGUUGAAAAACAAAAUUUUACAGCUUGUACGCUCGGUAACAGACUCUGAAAGCAAUGAGGAGGAAUAUGUUGACAACAUCGACAUUAAUUUUCAAUCAUUGCUUCAUACAGUAAAAAACCAACGGAACAGCGCUCUCAGGGAACGAGAUAAUGAAAUUCAAUCUUUGCGGGAACAGCUUUCGAAUGUGACAUUGCUAAACAAAACCACUGAGACUCAUGGAUCAGAGUUAGAGCAUGUAUUGCGUGACAAAGAAGAGUUACACAGGAUGUUGUUACAGUCACGCAAUGAGAAGGAAGACUUGUUGCGCGAGAACGAGUCGACUGUAGCAGAAUUACAAGAUCAGAUCGUGAGUCUCAGUCGAGCGGUUAGCGAAAAGGACCGUUCAUCACAUCAAGACUUACAGCGGGUAAUCCAAGAGAAAGAACGUAUUGUAAAUGAGCUAGAGCAAGCACAGAGAGAUAGAGAAGAGGUAAGUAAUGCCAAAACACAACAGCAAGGUGAGAUAAACAGACUACAAGCUGAGCUGCACGAUCUUAAAGGUGUUCUUACUCAAGAGCGAGCGACCACUACCACUCUUCACAGAGAGGUGGAUCAAUACAAGAUGGCGAUGCAGGAGAAAGAGAGGAUUGUCAAGCACUUAACGGUUGAGAGGGAACAGCUACAGAGGACACAGGAGAAAUUGCAAUUCCGCAUUCAGCAACUUCAAGAGGAACUGACUGCUGCUAGUAGUGGACAGAAGGUGGCUGAAACUAAGAUGGCUCAGGAAUUGAACCGCCUCAGAAAUCACCUGGUACAGGUAUGGCAAACCUCCCCCUUCCCCCCCCCCUCCGUGAAAUACGAUAUGGUCCAUCGUGGAAACGAAUGUCCACACUCGAAGAGAGUUUCGCGGUGAACUCAAUAAGGUCACAAAAAUGCAUUGGUUCUCAUUCGUAGAUUUGUGCGGGAAUAGAUCAUCUCCUUUAACUGUCGGUUUUUUUAGCCUGUCAGAUACACCUAAAGUUUAAAAUAAGUUGUAUCAGACUUGAUAAGCAAUUUGUCACUCGCUUUCAGGUUGAAGAGAGCUACACACGCGAGGCCCUCGAGGCCGAGGAGCGAGAAAAGGACCUGAGGAUGAAGUUGGCUCGUGCAGAAGAACAGUUGUUGUCAAGUUCACAUUCCAUGCUGGACAGAGAGUAAGACACAACGCAUAAUAAUGCGAAAUACAAUCCACUUUUACUAAUAGUUGCGUCUGUGGUAAUGAUUGACUUACUCUGUUAGUUCAAGUGCAAGAAACCAAACUGAACAGGCCGAAACAGACGUUAAAAAAAUGUCGUCAGCUACUCAGAAAUAGAACAAAGUACUAAACGAUCAACUAACCAUCAAAACAAAUGGUUUGAAACCGAAAGAGAAGUGAAUCAAUAUUUUUAAGGGUGAUGCUCCAACCGUAAGAGCCUUACUAGGUCUGAGCGUUCGCAAGGGGAACGCAGAACACUAUAUGGGAUUUCCGAAGUAUAAAUUGUCACACAGCACUCUCAGAGUGUAAAAAGGGGAAAUCUGAUCCGGUAUUUUGACAACUGGUUUUGAUUAAAGCUUCUGUGACAUUUUUUUAGUCGUCAAGCGUCUGUGCAGAUUGAAAGCCUCCAAGAACAGCUCCAGGUCAUAGCAGCUCAACGUGACCGUGCGGUCAUGGAUCUAGCCUCGGUUCAGGAGCAGGCACAUCAGUACCAGACCGCUCUCAACAACCUACAGCUUGUUCUUGAACAGUUCCAAAGAGGUAGGAUUUCUAUUUAAACAGUGUAGAUUGUGGUGUUGGUACUUGUUGUUAACGCACAGGUUUUUAUUGUUCCAUCUAGAGCGCGAAUCUCAACUGAGAGCUACCCAAGAAGAGGCUCAGAAACGAGUAGACGAUGCCUGGGCACAAGUUAAAGAGCUGCAGCAGAGAGAAAAUCAUCUGAAGGUGCGCAGGGUUAGCCGGGAAGAAUUGUUUUCAAUUGAUAGGUGUGCAUGGCAGCUCUCAAAUGGUUUUUUCUUUCUUUCUUUCUUUCUUAGAGUCAGUUAGAAAUGGCUGCUCGUAUAACGCAAGAAGUGGUGAACAUCCGAAACCAACUGAAAGCCAAAGAUGAGGAACUACUUCAUUCUAAGGAAGAGGGUUUGUUUCAUUAUUUUUCAAGGUUGCGCGGUUUUGCGCAAUCUUUUUUUUAUCGGCUCUCGAAGGUUAUCCAGAAUUGGAUCAGUUUUGCCUCGAUGCGCUCAGUUAUUGGUUCAGAAAACUCGCGCAAUACUCAGCCAGUUAGAUAAAAACUCCAACCUACCAACUAAUCGCAACUCGGUCACUACCGUGUUUUUCCCGAGCUUCACGCAGUUUGCUUGCUUUUGCUUUGUGAUAUGAAACGUUCCUUGUGAUAUUCUCUUUUAGUCUGAUGUGCUGUAGUGAUUACAUCGGUUUUGGUUUUGCGAUAAUCAAAUAAAAUUUGCUUUAGAACCGAUGGGUUCUUGGCCUCUAUCAGCUGAUUUCUUAUUGUUAUCAUUUCGAUAGUUACCCGACUGGAAGAAGAAUUACGUGUCGCUCAUGAGAGAAUCAACAGCCUAAACAGCUUGUCAGACGGCAAAGUUGAGAAGUGAGUAUACAGAAAACUGAUUCAUUUUUCUCUCAUUUAGUCCCGCCUUAUUUGGAGACAUAUUCUGCUCUCUGUUGCUAAUGGACUAAUUGUCUUCAAUGUGUGAAUUCUUUCUCGCUCUCUUUCCAUAGAUCGCUGGUGAAAAACAUGCUGAUGGGAUAUUUUAAUACACCGGAAAACAAACGAAUGGAUGUUGUACGAGUCAUUGGAGGUUUGCUUGGCUUCACACACGAGGAGCUGGAUAAGGUAUCACCAUGUAGCUCGUGUGUGUUAUAUUGUCGUAGUUUUUCGAUGUUUUAGUUCUUUUGUUUUUCCUUUUUAUCAGGUCGGGACUGGAUCCUCACCUCCCACAGGAUCAUGGAUCUCCAACUUAAUUCCGUUCGGUCCCAGUGCCCCCAAGACUCCCACAAGGACAACCGCCUCGGCACCAAAGGUAUGAAAGAGAAAUUAUGCACCUUAGUGGACUCAAUUCUUGUCAUUACAGCUGGAAACAGAAGUAGUACUUGACUUAUACGGUGCUUCACUACACACUAUGAAAUUUUUUUGUUUUCAGUCGUUUUCAGAGUUGUUUGUAAGUUUCCUGGAGAGUGAGUCUGAAGUGCCUCGUUCCAGUGGUGAGGCAAGCGGACGAGUGACCAAUCCUCUUCUGUCUGGUAUGACACCACAGCAAUCUACAGCUAGUCACGUGCCAAGAGGGCUACCAAUGGCAACUUCGACUCCUAUUGGUACCCCAUCCAGAGGUAACGCACCUCCCCUCCCACAGUCUGCUGUGUCACGUCCUACUUUUUCAGCACCCGGCGAGGGUGUAACGAGGUAAGUUAUUCAGGAAAUGAAAUAGGUAAAUACAUCUGAUGAACCAAACAAAUGAAUAUAAGACAAUGUAGAAGUGGCACGCCCACACAGUGACUGUAUCCACUCUUUCUUGGUGAAAAUGAAUUGUUGGUUUCUAUGGAAAGUUGAAAACCGGGGAAUCCAGAACAAAACCUUCGGAGCAGGGUCAGGAACCGUCAUGCCUACAGAAAUAUUGCGAACUUGUAGCGAAUUUUUCACAAACCUUACUCAGGCCAUUAAGUAGUUGUAAGAGCCAUUCGGUUUUCAUAAGUGACAGAGUCUUUAUCUCUCUAUCUCACAGAGCUAAUACGUCAGUGACCAGUGGGAACCCUGUGCUUGUGGGUUCACUCCCACCCGUCCAAGCUAAUUCGUCAGGCACCAAUGGGAACCCUUUACUUGUGGGCUCACUCACACCUGUACAAAAUCUGCCAGCCCUCAGUGGGUCCAGCUCUUUACGGACCCUACUUGAGGGACGGACGUAGUAUAAUGAAGUCGCCGCACAAUAACGUCACAGCGUCGCUAUUGUUAAAAUCCGCUGAUACGAGACGUGUUGGCCUUUAAAAUGAGUCGAGUUGACUACAAGUCUUCUGAAACCACUCUAAUUAGAUAUUAAUCCCUACGUCGAACCAUAUUUCCGACAAGUCUAGGACCUCUUGGUCGAGAAAGAAUAAUUAAUUAUACAUUUAGUUUUUAGGUAGCGUAUUGAAUCUACAUUCUGAGAAUGCCUAUUGGGUUUUCCCAGUUUCGAGUUCAAUAAUCAAAAUAAAAAAAGAUGCGGUGAAUAUUAUGGUGCUUUUGUUUCACUAUUUCACGUCACUAAGUUGCAUACUCUAUAAUUAGGUGAAUUGGCCACCGUAAAGAGUUUC